GAGUUGCAGAAUCUUGAUUAUCUUUACUUGAGUCGGCGUAUUCGUUGUUCAAUCAUCAGUGGACUUUGCUUCUUCUCGAAAUUUCGACCAGUUUAUUCUUUACUAGUUUCCAAUAUGUUGAAGGGUGUGGUAGCUCUUAUUACUGGAGGAGCCUCUGGCUUGGGCAGAGGAACAGUCGAAAGAUUCGUCAAUCAAGGUGCAAAAGUUGUCCUUGGAGAUCUUCCCUCAUCCAAAGGAAAUGAUGUUGCCAGUGCACUUGGGGACUCAGCAGUCUUUGUACCUAUGGAUGUGACAUCAGAAGAACAUGUUCUGAAGGCCCUGGAUGUAGCUAGGGACAAGUUUGGUCGUCUCGACGUGCUUGUCAAUGCAGCUGGUAUUGCCACUGCCUUCAAGACGUACAACUCGCAAAAAGACUCCUGCCAUAGCCUCGAAGAUUUUGAAAAAGUCCUCAAAGUUAAUACUCUUGGCACGUUCAAUGCAAUCAGACUGUCAGCCAGAGUAAUGGCCAAGAACGAGCCAAACGCGGAUGGCCAGCGAGGAGUUAUUAUCAAUACCGCCAGUGUUGCAGCUUUUGAUGGCCAGACUGGCCAGGCUGCUUACUCUGCUAGCAAGGGUGCAAUUGUUGGCAUGACUCUACCAAUUGCUCGUGAUCUGUCUCGCAUAGGAGUUCGAGUGGUAACGAUUGCUCCUGGACUAUUUGACACUCCAUUAUUAGCUGCGCUACCGGAUAAGGUACGAACUUUCCUCGCCAAAAGCAUUCCCUUCCCCCAAAGACUGGGCAAGCCAGAAGAGUACGCGCAUCUGGUUCAGGCUAUCGUGGAAAAUCCAUUGCUCAAUGGCGAAACUAUAAGACUGGAUGGAGCUCUUCGCAUGCAGCCAUAAGAGACAUUUACAUUGAGUUUCUACUAUUUUUUAGUUUUUUUGUUUUUUUGCCUUUUUUUUUCUUUUAUACCAAUUUUUACUACUAAAAAUAAAUGCACUUGUGUGGCAAUGGGUUGAUAGUUUUGUAGAAGUUAGAAAUGACUACUCAUGUAUAAAAUCAUACGGAAAGUUGAUUUUUACAAUUUUUGUUACUUCUUGUUUACCAGUAGGCAUAGAAAAAAAUUUGUACAUAAGAUUGGAUAACAUU